GCGAGGCGGAGGCGAGCGCUGCGCCCGCGCCGCCCACCAUCGCCGCCAUAGCGCUCUCCAUCAAGUCCCGGGGUGAGUGAGCACUCCGCGCACCACCACACCUGGCUCCAAGCAUGUCAACUACGGCAUUUUGUUGCCAUUGCAGAUUCACAGUGCCUAAAUCAGUUAUAAUUCGUACAUUUUGACAUCAUUGUUUUAUACCCUUAAUAAUUACAUAAGUAUGCAUAUUUUGUCGGUCGUUGUGAAAAAGUCCUUGCAGUUCAUCGACCUUUUGUGUUUAAAUUUGCGUGUCACGAAGGAAACUAUUUCCCUGCAAGGUGUAUGUUACCUGUUGAAGUGUGUAGCACGCCAUUCACAUAUCAAACUAUUAUACAAGGUUUAUUGUUUCUUUUUCAUUAUUUUAUUGUUCGUAGAUUGCACCAGUAGUUAGAACACAUUCAACUUGAUGAACACUCCAUAUAUUAUUUGCAAGCGUAAUGUAUAUAAUUAACAAUUAAUUCUGUUAGUCGCUUCAGUCUCGGGCCACUUUCACUGGCCGGUCAUUAUUUGCGAUGAAACUAUGCGGACGCUCCGCGCGGUAUCUAUUGUAACUUAUUAUAAUGAAGCCGGCCGCGUCGCGGGAGCAGAUGCGGUUAUAGGCAGCAGCGCGGCCUGCGGUGACAGAGUGCCUUCGUGAUAGGUCGCGGAGGAAAUGACUGCCAUCAACGUAAUUGUCAGGGAAAGUGACGAGCUGUACGAGAGUGCGUCUUUGAAACCGUUUAAAUACAGAAAUUGACGAAAUUCCUUUCGUUAAGGUUAAACUCAUCUACGGAAGUGGAAACCAGUCACGUAUCGUGUUAUAAAAGUUGGACGCAUCUUCCAUGUUAAUGAGUGCUCUCCUUCAUCAAUCGUAUCGUAUCCGAACGUAGACUGUAUAAUAAUCUAUGAUAUUGUAAAUAUCAACAUGUGAUGUACAAGCAGUGUGGCUGUGAUAUAUGCUCGUGACCCGCAGUCCAUCGCCUUGCGUCUGCAUGAGUCACACAGUUCGGUUCACGCUCCGCCGCGCGGCGCCUCUACUUUUUGUGCCAGCCGCACUUCUUUCGUCUACACCCGCUUAAUAGACUUGUUGGAAACAAUGACACAUGUAAGGAUAUUAGGAAACACUCUGAAAUAUCCUUUCUGAACGUUUUUUAGUUUGUAAUUCAUUUAUGAUAAUUAUUCAUAUUCGCAGGUACUUACUUCAAUAAUGAGUAUAGUGUAUUCAUUUCGUGAUUAUGCUUACGAAACCUCUUAAUAAUUAUAGUUUACGUAAUAAUCUUUCAUAUCGUAACACUUUUUUGCGAAUAAAGGAAAGAAAACAUUGGGUCUAAGUUAAUAAAACUGCCAGACACAAAAAUCUGAAGUCCCAUAUUUUAUAGUGAUUUGCAUAUUCAUUUAUUAAAGGCAGUAAUCUAUAUAAGUGGGAAGUGGGUAAACGUUCGGUUACGAGGAGGAAGUGACCCGCCACCCUGUCGGGCCGCCCCGAGCGCCCCGCGCCCGUGCCCCGGAUAGAUAAGUGGACGCGUACCGCGACCUGCUUCGGAAAAAGCGUUCCACUAAACGAUAUAUAUGUAGUAGUAAUAUCUAUUCUAUUCUAUUGGUUUUUUUAAUAAUCGAAGACACCUUUACCGACCCACAUUUUGUGAAAUAUUGGUUUUUAAUAUUAUUUUGAUUAUUUUAGUAGUGACCUGAAAAUGCUGAGUCAGAUACGACUAAUGUAUUUAUAUCUAUUCUGAUUAUUCUAGAGUCUAGAUAAUAAAUAGUACGAUAUUGUUAAAAGCUUACGUUUUUAUGUAGUAGUUAGUUUUUAGUAGAUAGACUUUGGUUUUGAUCCACAAUCGAGUUUAAUAUAAUAAUAUAUUGUCAGAAUGUCAUACAGCGUUGCCAGUUUCUUUUUUUGACAAGCCGGGACUUAGGUGCUUUUUGAGUGAAAAUAGCGGGAUUCUUCCGUCAGAGGCGGGACAUAGUAAAAACACGUACUUAUAAUCAAAGGUUUUCAAGUAUUAAUCUUUUUAUUUGACAUAAAAUUACGUUGAUGUUUGAUGUUCGAUGUUCCGCGCGCGAACAAAACAUAAGCAAACUAGUGUAACUUAACACCGCGAAAAAUAUCGAGCUAAUUUGUACUUGGUGUGAAUUUGCCCCGGGCGACAGUGACGGUGACGCUACGCCAAUGGUUUCAAACAAUAAUCUGUGCGAAUCCUACGAAAGGCGUACGGUCAAGUUCUCUCCGAAAAGCGGGACCGAGCCUGUCCUGCGCGGGACAUUUAAAUUUCAUAUAAAAACGGGACGUCCCGCCAAAAUCGGGACGUCUGGCAACGCUGAUGUCAUACCAAAUAAAAUAUGUUUUUUUUUAUUUAUUGUUGAGAUCAUAGAAAUCGAACUAAUCUUAUUAUUUAGAUUUCUAUGGUUGAGAUCGUUUGUAACAAACUUGUGUCGUUUUUGUAUGUGCAGCGCACUCUGAAGCUGGACCUAGGCUCGGAGGUAAACACGAUCCAGGACAGCCGGUGCUACCUCAUGAACGGUGGAGCUGUAGAGAGCUUCUUCAUCAGCGAGGACACGCCUGUUGGAAGUGUUAUUGGUAGUUUGAGUGUAAAUGGAGACCCUUCCGAGGAGCAAGGGGACAUCACCCUGCGGCUGCAGGAGAAGGGCGCGGCGGUGGGCAUCGCGCCCGGCACCAAGAACCUGACGCUGCUGCGCGCGCUCGACCGCGAGGAGCAGCGCGGGCCUUCCAAUGUGUACGUCAACGUGCGCUGCGACAGGCGCCGGACUACCGACCCGAGCUUCAUAAUCCCAGUGUCGGUGCGCGUGUGGGACGUGAACGACAACGCGCCGGUGUGGGUGGGCGCGCCCUACAGCGUGCGCCUGUCCGAGCUGACGGCGGUGGGCGCGCGGGUGACGGUGGGGGCGCGCGCCAGCGACGCCGACCAGCCCGGACCGCACGCCACCAUACACUACUCCGUACUGCCCGGCCCGCAUCAUGAGUACCUAGGAUUUCCCAAUGAACUGGACAGCGUGCUGAUCGUUAAGAAGCCCCUGGACUACGAGACCCUGAGGAACUUCACGGUGACGCUGCGCGCGCAGGAUUCAGGCUCGCCGCCGCUGCACAACGACACGCAGCUGCACGUGCAGGUCCUGGACGCAGACGAUCAGAACCCGAAGUUCACGCAUGAGCAUUACACCGCAGUGUUGCCCGAAGAUGCCAAAGAGGGUACUUUGCUGGCAACUUCGCCCGGACCAAUCUCAGCCGCAGACCAGGACACUGGAAUCAACGCCCCGUUGCAGUACUCGGUGACCGGUGACAACGGUCGUCUGCUGGUCGUCGACAAGGACACGGGGCAGAUUUCCGCCACCAAACAGCUGAUUGAGGAGCUAAAUCAACCUGUUACCGUUGUUUUAAAGGCGACGCAGGUGGACAACUCUGACCGCUACGCGCUGGCGACGGUGAGCGUGUCUGGCGGCGGCGCGGGCGCGGUGCGGUUCCGGCGGCGCCAGUACGCGGCCGCCGUCAGCGAGGCCGCCGCGCCCGGACACGUGCUGCUCACGCUGCACACCGCGCCGCCGCCCGCCCGAGCCACGCAGAAUAAUCUACAGUUCUACGUGUCAGACCGUUCGUUUUUGGACAAGUUUGCGAUCAACAGCGCAGGCGAAGUUGUCCUGAGACGACCGCUAGACUACGAAACAGCUGACUCGUACAACUACCAGGUCAUGGUGACGGAUGGAAUAAGCAACGACACGGCAUCGAUAAACAUCUCCGUGGUGAACGUGAACGAGUGGGAGCCCCGGUUCCGCUACCCGCAGUACGAGUUCCGCGUAGAGCAGGACCCGCAGCGUGACGCCGAGCUGCUGCCCGUGGGCCGCCUCGACGUGUUCGACGGCGACAAGCGGGACAACGUCACGCUCACGCUGCGCGGCUCCGGCGCAGAUAUGCUGUACAUAAACUCAACUGGUGACAUGUACCUGCGCGCGGGUGCGCUGCGCUCUCUGAACGCGUCCGUCCUGCACGUCGUGGCCACCGCCGUCGACUCAGGCGCUCCUCCUCGACAGACGUCGGUCCCUGUGACGGUGCACGUGAGCGAGCGCCUGCUGCAGGCGGGGGGC